AGGAAUACAAUAUGGCGGCCGGAUCCUAACGCUCUCCAGCCCGGGACCACCGCGAAGGUCCUCGAGCCGGAAGCCGCCUCAGGAAAGCAGAAGGCCGGUACCACAGUCUCCUCUUUUCUUUUCGGCCCGGGGCCGACCAGAGGCUGUCGCCGUCAUCGGCGUUCAGGAUGAAGAACUACAAAGCAAUUGGCAAGAUAGGAGAAGGAACAUUUUCUGAAGUUAUGAAGAUGCAGAGCCUAAGAGACGGAAACUACUAUGCAUGUAAACAAAUGAAACAGCACUUUGAAAGUAUUGAGCAAGUGAACAAUCUGCGAGAGAUACAAGCACUGAGGCGCCUGAACCCACACCCAAACAUUCUUACCUUGCAUGAUGUGGUUUUUGACAGAAAGUCUGGUUCUCUUGCACUAAUAUGUGAACUUAUGGACAUGAAUAUUUAUGAGCUAUUACGAGGGAGAAGACAUCCAUUAUCAGAGAAAAAGAUCAUGCAUUACAUGUACCAAUUAUGCAAAUCACUGGACCACAUGCACAGAAAUGGGAUAUUUCACAGAGAUGUAAAACCAGAAAAUAUACUAGUAAAGCAAGAUGUCCUGAAGCUAGGGGACUUUGGGUCCUGCCGGAGUGUCUAUUCCAAGCAGCCCUACACAGAGUACAUCUCUACCCGGUGGUACCGGGCCCCAGAGUGUCUCCUCACUGAUGGGUUCUACACAUACAAGAUGGAUCUGUGGAGUGCUGGCUGCGUGUUCUAUGAGAUUGCCAGCCUUCAGCCCCUCUUCCCUGGUGUGAAUGAAUUGGACCAGAUCUCAAAAAUCCAUGAUGUCAUCGGGACACCUUGUCAGAAGACCCUCACCAAGUUCAAACAGUCGAGAGCUAUGAGUUUUGAUUUUCCUUUUAAAAAGGGAUCAGGAAUACCUCUACUGACAACCAAUUUGUCCCCACAAUGCCUUUCCCUCCUGCAUGCCAUGGUGGCUUAUGACCCUGAUGAAAGAAUCGCGGCUCACCAAGCCCUUCAGCACCCCUAUUUCCAGGUGCAAAGGGCAGCUGAGACACAGACCCUGGCCAAGCACAGAAGAGCUCUGUUCCCCAAGUACCCCAUGGUGCCAGAAUCACCCACUCACAACUGGUCGUUCUCAAAGGAGUGCAGACAGCAGAAACAGUCCCUGAGGCAAGAGGAGGGCCACAGCAGAAGACAAGCGCCAACCAGCCUGAUGGAGCUGCCCAAACUGAGGCUGUCUGGAGUGACCAGACUGUCGUCAUGUUCCAGCCCUGCGUUGCGGUCAGUGUUGGGCACUGGAGCAAAUGGAAGAGUCCCUGGGUUGAGAGCCUUGAAGUGCGCUGCCGUGAACAAGAAGACAGACGCGCAGCAGGACAGGAAACCUCACCUGAAGCAGUACCACCUGCCCACCAUCAACAGGAAAGGGGGAGAGUACUGAACCGCACGCCACCUGCUCAGCCUCUCGGAGAGCAAGGGCAGCUCCAUGGGCAGGCUCAAGCCAGAGGACACCUUGUGUGCCAGUGCUCC